AAACAAUAAGCUGCGCGCAUGCGCUAGAGCCCUAUACCGUAUCCGCGCAUUUCCCCCUCUCCUCCUAGCCGCCGCCCACGUCGCCCGACACGCCUCCUGGCCGUCCAAGCAGCCCCAUUGUCCCAGAACGCGCAGGGGCCGACCGUGCGUACAUCGCGCGGCCAUUCCGGUGCACCGUUGCUCACAGGGAGCGCGCAGGCCAGAUCGCGUCGCGUCGCCAUACGUCCUUAUUGUCUUUGCCCAACCCCGCCGCACGUUCCCCUGGCUGCUCUCUGAGUCGCCAUCUUAGCUGCCAAUCUGGCUCCUCGUCCUAACUCCCACUCGUCUGCGGGGUCGUCCGUAUUUGCCGUCACAGGGAUGGCCAUACCAUCUGCAUUAGCUGGCGACUUCAUGGCCGGCCCCGGCACUGGGUCCCUUGGAGGGCCUCCAAUACAGCACAAUUACAAACGAGCAGUAUGCCGGGCACCUCCUGCUCUCUUCGAUGUAGAGGUAUUACCACCAACGAAGUUCGGGAGCGGGUUUUGCUAUGGCAUGCGCAUCUACCCCGUCAUGCACUCAGAGCUCCCAGACGACAAGUCGAGCAGGUCGUCAAAGUCGUCGGGAUCGAUGAACACGGAGUACGACAUCUGGCGGCGGUGGGAGGACUGCCUGUGGUUCCAGGAAAUCCUCGAGUCCGAGUACGCACUGAUGGCGCGUCAGAAGCGGCAGCGGCUCGCCGCAGGCAAGGGCGUAAAGAAGAAUGGUAUGUACAUCCAUUCGGACCAGGCAGCGUCCUUCGAGAGCUUGCCGCCCGGCCCGGAGGCGAGCAGCAUCGCGAAGGACAUCCACGAGAUCGUUCCGAAGCUCACGAAGAAGGGCACCUUCUUCAAGGCGAGCCAGGCGACGAUUGACCAGCGGGGGAAGGAGUUCACGGCGAUGAUGGAGGCGCUUUGGGGCCAGGACGUCCCGACGCUCGUCAAGGAGCUCAGGGAGACGCGGCUCGUGCGCGACUUCUUUGGCUACUGGCGGAGGGACAAGGACCAUGACCGCAAGAUCGCGACCCAGCGACCCAGCUCGAGCGACGGCACAAAGCCUUCUAGGACAUCUCUGUACUCGAGGGCGUCGCUCGCGCCAAGCUCGCUGUCGAUGUAUUUCUCCCCAUCGAGUGUCGACCUCUCGCAGAUGCCACCCUCACCUUCCACCGCGAGCCAGACCACGGUGAAGUCCCCGCGAUCCGCGCCGAAGAGCCAAAAACCGGCACACGCACCGUACGAUCCUACCGCAUCCUCCAGUGCGAGCACAUCCCCAACCUCGCCCUCCCCCGUCACGCCCACGCCGACCGCGAUGCAGUUCUCCAUCUCACACCGCGGCUCGCUCACGCCACAACCGCACGCAUCGUUCUCGGACGACGAGACAUCAUCCGGGCACCGCUCGAUCUCGUCCGUGCGUUUCACUCGCUCCCAGAGCAAGCACGAAUCGAAGGUCGCCCUCGACGAGAUGCCCAUCGUCUUCAUGCCAGACGCGCAGCCGUGGUCCGAGACGGGCAUCAACGGCCAGGCGCACGAACGGCACACCGCGCUGCAGGCCCUCCCGGAGGACCAGGAGCUCGAAGCGGGCAUGAGCGGACUGAGCAUGAGCGGCGCGAGCUCGCCGCCGCGCGCCGUACCCAUCCGGCGUGCCCGCAACAACUCGUGCCCGGACCGGACGAACCGCAACUGCGUCGUGUUCUCGCCGACGCCCGAGGAGGGCGCCGACGCCGACGCCGACGGCAUCGCGGAGUCGCCGCGGCACACGAUCCUCAGCUCCUCGCGGCCGUCGUCGAUGGCGCUCUCGAUGUUCUCCGAGAUCUCGGGGGUGUCGAGCUGGCGCAGCUCGGUCGCGUCCGAGGCGAGCAUCGCGACUAUCUCGACGAGCCUCCCGCGCGAGUCGUGCCUGUCGUUCGAGACGGACUCGUCUGGGUCGCUCUACUCGCAGGGCUCGUCGCACGGCCAUGUCCUUGACCACCGAGCGUCCGUCGCGACGAUGAACUCGCUCGUGUCGGGCUUCUCGGUUGACGCGGUGCUUCCUAGGCGGGCGAUGUCGCCCCCUCUCAACGGAGGGAGCGUUAAGCGCUCCAAGAGUACUGGGUCGAGGAGGCCGACGAGCGCGCUCUCUGGCGGACCCAUCUCUGCGGACGACGUGUACGAGUAUGAGCAGUCCGACGAGGUACUUGAUGGGUAUUUCUAUGACCCUACCCUGCAGCGCACACCAUCUCCCGAUGACUCUGCUCUCCAUCUGUCCGAACACUCUAGAUACCAACAACCAACAAAGCAAGUUGUCCCUCCCGAGCGAUUCCCCAAACCCUUCCAGAACCGCCCGCCAGGGCAGUUCCACCUCCCCUGGUCCGCACCCAACUCACCCAACUCGCGCGCCUCCGUAGCCUCCACCAACCCCAUGUCUGUGUUCCCCGACUCCGCCGCGUCCGUGAGCAGCCCGACCGGGCCCGACACGCUGACGAUCAAGGCGAUGCUCGACGACUCGCUGAUCGUGCUCGUCCGCGUGACGCAGACGACGCCGUUCCUGGACGUGCGCGAGCGCAUCCAGAGCAAGUUCGCGAAGCAUGAAGGCGUGCAGCUUCCUGAUUCUUUCGUCAUCGGCUACGUCCCCGCGAGCGAGCGAGCGCGCAUGGCGCACGGGCGCGGCCGGGUGCGCUCGAACUCGACGCCGACUCCUGCGAGCGAGGCGGCCGAGCCGCUGAGGAUCGUCUCCUCGGAGGAGGAGUGGCACACCGCUGUCGCCAGCGCGUCUUCGAAGCUUGCUGUGAGAAUACUCAGGUCAAGAUCCUGAAGCAAGAAAAUCAACAUACCGCUCCUUAUUGCAUUUAUUGCUAUCUCUCAUUGAUCUCUCAAGUCCAUUCUCUCUCUGUUCUCAUUGACUCUCAUGUUUACGACCUCUCAUGAUGAUGACCGCCUGUACUUCGACCUUCCUCUUUGUGGCGACUCGGUUACCCCUUCGGCCUUCGCUGUUUGUACGCCUUAUUGUCAUAUGGCAUUUGUUGUGUGUCUCGUUAUAUCCUCUGGUUGUGUGUAGGUUAAUCGUCAUGGUGUUCGUUUACCUGGGACUAUUCCCGGAUUGGGCCAUGCUAGGUAUCAAUGUGGUGGUAAAAGUAUUGUGUACAUAGAUUGUCGGGAGCAGAUACAGAAUAGACUAUCAUCGUUUGUGCACGC